AUGUUAUCUUCGCUGGUCCGAAACGUGCUGAGUGCGCGACGAUCACUUGAACGGCGUCUACGAGCUCGCUGGCCCCAGACCCAAGACAAGGCAUGGGAAACACUGCAGAAGAAUGGCCUCCUGGGAUUCAUAUGCUUCGGGGGCCCGCCCGUUCACUUUCAGAUUCUCCACCAACGCUUCGUCGAGAAGUACCAAUGGCUGGAGGAGCCGAUGUUCCAGGAGCUGUUCGCCGUGACGCAGGCUCUUUCCGGCCCCGCGAGCACCAAGAUGCUGUAUUGCAUCAACCUGAACCGGAAUGGCUUCCUGUCCGCGCUGCUGGCGUUCCUGCUGUGGUCACUCCCCGGCGCGGUCGGAAUGUACGCCCUCUCGCUCGGCAUCUCCAACGUGGGAGACACCCUCCCGGCCCCGGCAUAUGCCCUGCUCUCUGGCCUCAACGCGGCGACGGUCGGCGUGAUUGCCCUGGCGGCCGUGCAGUUGUCGCAGAAGGCCAUCACCGACCAGGUGACGCGGGGGCUGGUGUUUCUGGGCGCCACUGCAGGCAUGCUUUACAACGCGCUGUGGUAUUUCCCCGUGUUGAUCUUCUUGGCCGGACCCGUGACCAUCAUCUGGGAUUCUCGAUGGUUUCACAAUCUGACCAGGUGGACUUCGGCACUGGUCAGCGGCGGAAGACAACCCACGGCGGCGGCCCAAAGCCAGGAGGACAUUGAGAUGAGAAGCACCGACCGACCAGACAUGGCUACAGUCGCGGAACACAAUACCACCGACAAUGACACCGACACUGUCAUCCACGCCCUGCCCUCUUCCCAGCCCAGAGUUUCUACGGCGCCAAAGCAGCGUGCAGAGGACUCACAACACCGCGAUCCGACCGACGAGGGCCGAAGCAACAUGGUGGCCGGCCCUUCAGAGGCAAGAAUCAUCCCCCGAGACCGAGAACUCAAAGUAUCCUGGAAAUUCGGGUCGCUUUUAAUCGCAGGCUUCCUCCUCAGCUUCGUCACCGUCAUGGUCGUGCGCGGCGUCAUCAAAGACAGACCUUUACUGUUCAGCCUCUUUUCGAACCUCUACCUUGCCGGGACGAUCAUUUUCGGCGGCGGGCCUGUGGUGAUCCCUCUUCUUCGCCAAUACAUCGUCGCCGAAGGAUGGGUCUCGCCCCGCGACUUCCUCCUCGGCCUCGCCCUGAUCCAGUCGUUCCCUGGGCCAAACUUCAACUUCGCAGUAUACCUAGGCUCCCUGACGGCCGUCAACGCAUCGUACCCCAGCUUCACCGGCGCCCUCGUCAGCUUCAUCGCCAUCUUCGCCCCGGGCCUCAUCCUCGUGCACGGCACCAUGGGGAUCUGGACGGCGCUGCGCACGCGCCGGUCGGUGCGGGCCGGGUUGCGCGGCGUCAACGCCGCCGCUGUGGGACUCAUCUACACGGCCGUCUACCGGCUGUGGGAGAUCGGGUACAUCGACGAGAGGUUCACGAGCGGGUCCAGUCUGGGGAGGGAUCCGUGGUGGGUCGUCGUCACGGCGACGAGUUAUGUCGGUGUCUCUUGGUAUAGGCUUCCCGUGCCGGCGGCUAUCUUGCUGGGCGGGUCUAUGGGGUUGAUUUGGUAUGGUGUCGUCUCGAGAUAA